AUGGCGCGCAAGAAAAUCAGAGAAUAUGACUCGAAACGCCUUCUUAAAGCACACAUAUUGCGUCUGAAAGGAAUCAAGUUGCCGCUGAAUGUCGCUCAGGUUCGAGCAGACACAAACUUUGUGGAGCUGCUUGACGCCAACCCAUGGCUGAAGACCACCAAGUUGGUGGUGAAGCCGGACAUGCUGUUUGGCAAGCGCGGCAAGCACGACCUAGUGGGGCUGAACCUGGACUUUCCAGGCGUGGAGGCCUUCAUCAAGGCUCGCAUGGGCAAGGUGGUGGACAUGGAUGGCUGCGUGGGGGGCAUCAACACAUUCGUUGUGGAGCCCUUUGUACCCCACAAGCAGGAGUACUACCUCUGCAUCCAGUCGAACCGGUUGGGCAAUGACAUCAGCUUCAGCGAGGCGGGUGGAGUGGAGAUCGAGGAGAACUGGGACAAGGUGAAGAAGGUCACGCUGGCGGUUGAGGAAGAGGCGACCAAUGACAGCCUGGCGCCGCUGCUGUCCAGCCUCCCCCUGGAGCUGCGCCCAGACAUGGAGACCUUUAUCCAGGCCUGCUACGAGGUGUUUCUGGACCUGGACUUCACGCUGAUGGAGAUGAAUCCGUUCACGCUGGACUCUGAGGGCAAGCCCUUCCCGCUCGACAUGCGCGGCGAGCUCGACGACACCGCCGCUUUCAAGUCCGGCAAGAAGUGGGGGGACCUGGAGUUCCCGCUGCCGUUUGGGCGCAGCAUGACGGCGGCGGAGGAGUAUGUGCACGAGCUGGACGGCAAGACGGGCGCCUCCCUCAAGCUGAGCAUCCUGAACCCCAAGGGACGCAUCUGGACCAUGGUCGCCGGCGGCGGUGCCUCGGUCAUCUACGCGGACACCGUGGGCGACCUCGGCUACGCUGAUGAGCUGGGCAACUACGCCGAGUACUCCGGCGCCCCCAACACCGCGGAGACGUAUGCGUACGCGAAGACUCUGCUGGACGUGGCGACUUCCAGCGCAGACGGGCGGGCACGCGCACUGCUGGUCGGCGGCGGCAUUGCCAAUUUUACAGACGUGGCCGCCACCUUCAAGGGCAUCAUCCAGGCGAUGCGGGAAAAGGCGGAUGCGAUAAAGGCGGCCGAGAUGCGCAUCUUUGUGAGGCGGGGCGGGCCCAACUACCAGGCUGGCCUCGCGCUCAUGCGUCAGCUGGGCACUGACACAGGCAUCCCUGUGGAGGUGUUUGGGCCUGAGACCUCCAUGACUGUUAUCUGCGCCAAGGCGAUCGAGUAUGUCAAAAGCUCAGAGUGAGCUUGGUGCCAUUACUAUCGUGGAGAGGCUGAUUUGGCAAAUGGCCGUGCCAUGAACCUGUUUGGAAUCUGAAGCCAAAGCAAACUCCUGAAACUUUUGACCUGCACUGAUGGUUUUCAUGUACCUUUCUGUACCUUC